UAUUUUAUUGUUGUUCAUUUAAUGUCCUGUUUCUGUGUAUCUCUACUCAGAAAACAGCAGUGGAUGGGAAACGACAAGAGAUUAUUGUCCUGGACUCCAAACGGAGCAAUGCCAUCAACAUCGGGCUGACCGUCCUCCCCCCUCCCCGCACCAUCAAGACAGCCAUCCUCAACUUCGACGAGUACGCUUUGAACAAGGAGGGGAUCGAGAAAAUCCUGACGAUGAUCCCGACGGAGGAGGAGAAGCAGAGAAUCCAGGAUGCUCAGCUGGUGAAUCCUGACGUCCCCCUGGGAUCAGCAGAGCAGUUCCUCCUCACCCUGUCCUCCAUCACGGAGCUGUCCGCCCGGCUGCAGCUUUGGGCCUUCAAGAUGGACUACGAGGUCACGGAGAAGGAAGUGGCAGAGCCUCUGCAGGACCUUAAGGAAGGGAUGGACCAACUGGAGAAGAACAAGACACUGCGUUACAUCCUGUCCACGCUGCUGGCUAUAGGCAACUUCCUUAACGGAUCCAACGCGAAGGGCUUUGAGCUGGGUUACCUGGAGAAGGUUCCGGAGGUAAAGGACACGGUUCAUAAGCAGUCUCUACUGCACCAUGCCUGUUCCAUUGUGGUGGAGAAGUUUCCAGACAGCUCAGACCUGUACUCUGAGAUAGGAGCCAUCACCCGCUCGGCUAAGGUGGACUUCGACCAGCUCCAAGACAACCUGAGCCAGAUGGAGCGACGCUGCAAAGCAUCGUGGGACCACCUCAAGGUCAUCGCCAAGCACGAGAUGAAGCCUGCGCUCAAACAGAAGAUGUCUGACUUCCUAAAGGACUGUGCAGAGAGAAUCAUCAUCUUGAAGAUAGUUCAUCGGAGAAUUAUCAACCGGUUCCAUGCCUUCCUGUUGUUCCUGGGCCAUCCAGCGUACGCUGUGCGGGAGGUCAGCAUCCACCGCUUCAGUAAGAUCCUCAGUGAGUUUGCCCUGGAGUACCGGACCACACGGGAACGCGUCCUGCAACAGAAACAGAAGAGGGCCAACCACAGAGAGAGGAACAAGACCAGAGGAAAGAUGAUCACAGAUAGUGAGGAUGAAGAGGAUGGUGAGGAUGGAAAGUUUGGCGGUAGCGCCCCGGGGCCUGUAAGCCAGGAAGGCGUGCUGACGCAGGGUCUGCAGUACGCAGAGGAUGCAGCGGAGCAUGAGAACAUGAAGGCAGUGCUGAAGAGCAGCUUGCAGGGCUGCAGUGACAGUGGAGUGUCCACCGUGCCAGGCCUACGUACACGUAUCAGAGCCAGCAGGCCAGGCCGUGUGGGUCCUUGGGGCUCAUCAGUGAUUGAAGACCCACCUAAUUGCACAGAGACAGACGCUGCAGAUGAGAUCAUGGAGCGCAUCGUCAGGUCAGCCACUCAGGGGCCCAGGACACGGACAGAGCCUCGCGAGAGGAAGAGGUCCAGAGCCAACCGCAAGUCACUGAGAAGAACACUGAAAAGCGGUCUGACACCAGAGGAGGCCAAUGCCUUGGGGUUGUCCAGUGGUUCAGAGAUGGCUGUGUGACAGGAAGAGAAGUGGAGCUGGAUCCGGCAGCACAGCACACACAGACACCUGGGAAACCCUCUUACCGCCCACCUCGCCCUUCACUGACCCCUGACCUCUAACCCCUGCUCAUCCAGCCAGCCAGUCAACCGCUGCACCAUAGCUUCGCUUGGUCUUUCCCCUGGUUCAACUUUAUGAUGACUGUAGCUCAGCUUCCUGUCUGUGGUUUGUGCAGGUAGCUGGUUAAGAUGGUAAACAAUGUUCAGGAAGAGACCAUGAGGAAUAUGGUCCACAUCCAGGAUAAUAGAUGGUUUUCAGUGGAACAAAGUGGUAUUGGUAUAGGGGCAGUUAAAGGGGUUCAGUGAUCCAGCUGACUCAGCUCCAUAC